GUUUCACGAGAAUUAACGAGCGCAGCCGAAUGUGUGCGAAGGCAUAUCCGUGUAACGUUAGCAUAAUGCUAGCUGUUGAAACAACGGUCUUCCGUCUCUUGUAAUAUUAGUUUCCUUGUUGUUGUUUGCUGUUCCACGAAAGCCUGUGUGAUCACACAAAAUGGACAGUGAAAUGUCAGAUGUUGACCUUGCACCAGGGCCUGGGAGCAGCAGCAUGGAGGGGGAAAAUGCUCCACUUUACUGCAUUUGUCGAAAGCCAGACAUCAACUGCUUCAUGAUCGGCUGCGACAAUUGUAACGAGUGGUUCCACGGGCACUGCAUUAACAUCACGGAGAAGAUGGCCAAGGCCAUCCAGGAGUGGUACUGCAUGAGCUGCAGAGAGGACAAUCCACUGUUAGAAGUAAAAUACAGAUCAAAGAAAAACCGGGAGAAGGAACCGGACUCGGACAGAACAGAAAGACAGUACAGCACCCCGAGCACUCCGGACUAUAGAAGCGACCGACGACGCGGAUCUAAAGUGAAGCGUUCGGUGCGCAUGUGUGGGGAAUGUGAGCCCUGCAGGAGGACCGAAGACUGUGCCCAGUGCGACUUCUGCAAGGACAUGAAGAAGUUUGGAGGGCCAAACAAAAUCAGACAGAAGUGCCGCUUCAGGCAAUGCGAAGUUCGAGCCAGGAAAAUGCUUCGCGUGAAGGAGGAGGAAUUCUCCCUGCGUGAGAGGAGGGAGAAUUCCCACCACAGACGAAGACGGUACUCUGAAGACUAUGACAGUGAGGCAGAUCUUUAUCAGCAGUACAGGGCAGCGGGACUUGAUGGCGACAUGGCUUGGGGGAGUGACGACGACGACGAGCCGGCUUUCAGCCCCGUCAUGCGUAAGAAAGCCAUAAAGGUGAAGCAUGUUAAGAGACGCGAAAAGAAGAUUGAGAAAAAAAAAGAGUCGCGCCGCCACAAGCAGAAACAGAAGCAUAGAGACAAAAACCGACACAGUGAUCGGGGGGAUUUGCGUGACAGUGGGGGGAUGCGUCAGUGUCUUGGGCCAAACUGCGUGGAACCAGCAAGGCCCAACUCCAAAUACUGCUCCGAGGACUGUGGCAUGAAGCUAGCAGCCAACCGGAUCUACGAGAUCCUCCCGCAGCGGAUCCAACAGUGGCAGCAGAGUCCCUGCAUCGCCGAGGAGCACGGCAAGAAGCAGCUUGAGCGCAUCCGCCGGGACCAGCAGAACGCCCGACUCCGCCUGACUGAGAUGGAGCGACGCUUCCACGAGCUGGAGGGCAUCAUUGCCAAGGCCAAGCAGCAGGCGGUCCAGCAGGACGAGGAGGUGAAUGAAGGGGAAAGCGAUGACACAGAUCUGCAGAUUUUCUGCGUGUCCUGCGGCCAUCCCAUUAAUCCAAAAGCGGCGCUGAGGCAUAUGGAGAGAUGCUAUGCCAAGUAUGAGAGUCAGACAUCCUUUGGUUCCAUGUAUCCCACAAGAAUAGAGGGUGCCACCAGACUCUUCUGCGACGUGUACAACCCCCAGAGCAAGACCUACUGCAAGAGGUUGCAGGUUCUGUGUCCAGAACAUUCCAGAGAUCCCAAGGUGCCGGUAGACGAGGUGUGUGGAAGCCCUCUGGUGAAGAAUGUGUUUGAGCCGACGGGGGAUUAUUGCAGGGUAUCCAAAAGGAAAUGCAACAAACAUUACAAUUGGGAAAAGCUGAGGAGAGCCGAGGUGGACUUGGAGCGAGUCAGAGUGUGGUACAAGCUGGAUGAGCUUUUCGAGCAGGAGCGCAAUGUCAGGACUGCUAUGACCAACAGAGCCGGUCUGCUGGCUCUGAUGUUGCACCAAACUAUCCAGCACGACCCUCUGACAACUGAUCUCCGUUGCAACAAGGAUAGAUAGUCGCCCUGAUUUGUUGCUCCAUUUAAAUCUGCAGAUCCCUGUACUUAAUUAUAAUUGUGAGCUAAAGAUGUAAAGUUCUAGAUCAACUACAACUUUGAUGAAAGAUUAUUUUUUACUGUUAAAGUGUGUAUGAUAAUAUAUUUUCCCAAAUAAUAGUGGACAAGCCACAUUUAAGUUGAAAACUACUGUUUUUGGUAUUUGCUUCUGAAUAAACAUUUGAAACAUG